AUGUCCUUUUUGGAAGUGGGGAAACCUGGACUGUUAAGGUGGGUAUUACAACAGAAGGAAAUGUAUUCAGGUGUGUUCCGUGGGCUUGCGAAUGAUGAGGAUGAGAUAGUUAUUUAUGUUCUGUCCACUUUACGGGAUAGGGUUCUUACUCUGGAGUCAUUGAAGGAAAUGUAUUCAGGUGUGUUCCGUGGGCUUGCGAAUGAUGAGGAUGAGAUAGUUAUUUAUGUUCUGUCCACUUUACGGGAUAGGGUUCUUACUCCGGAGUCAUUGGUACCUCCAGGGCUCCGGAGUGUUCUGUUUGGGAGCAUUACUCUGGAUCAACUAAUCUGCAUUUCUGGUAGGGAAAACGGUGGAAUUGCUGCAGAGAUAGCACACAGUGUCCUGGUUAUGGUUUGCACUGACUCUUCCAAUGGGUUGAUGCCGGAUUUGAAGAGACACCCUGAUCCUUUAAGAGGCAAUCCAAAGCGACUUUUGGGUCUCAUGAAGAGGCUAAAAUCAACAGAGGUUGACUACCAUAGAGACCUGCUUUUGGAUAUUAGACACCCUGAUCCUUUAAGAGGCAAUCCAAAGCGACUUUUGGGUCUCAUGAAGAAGCUAAAAUCAACAGAGGUUGAUUACCAUAGAGACCUGCUUUUGGAUAUUGCAAGUGGAAGACCAUCUUUAGGUUCAGCAUACCUGGACGAGUUCCCUUACAACCUGGAAGAUCUUGCCUCACCCUCCUGCGUGGAAGGUUCGACAGGGCAAACCCGGAUUAUCAUACAUAUUGUCACUAAUUCCACCAUCUUAUGUCAUCCAGAUGGAAAAUACAGUCACGAUGAUCUGAAAGGCGUUGGUAUGAGUAGGGAUUUGGAUAAAUUUACUCGUUUGAUAGUUGAAGAAAACUUGGGAGAUCUUUAUAAGGAACUGAAUAGUAAAGAAGCAAAGCGCCAGAAUGCUGUGCUUUCUUUAUUGGCGUCUGUUGUUAGACGUGGGUCAGGAUUGGCCUCAGAUGUCGCUAAGAAUUUUGAUUUUAAGUUUACUAUUUUUCCUAAGCUCGCGGAGUGUAAACAUAAGCGAACAGAGGUGAAAAGGAAGCAUUCUACGAGAAAAUCAUUUGUCAGGUUUGCAAUGUCCUUUUUGGAAGUGGGGAAACCUGGACUGUUAAGGUGGGUAUUACAACAGAAGGAAAUGUAUUCAGGUGUGUUCCGUGGGCUUGCGAAUGAUGAGGAUGAGAUAGUUAUUUAUGUUCUGUCCACUUUACGGGAUAGGGUUCUUACUCCGGAGUCAUUGGUACCUCCAGAGCUCCGGAGUGUUCUGUUUGGGAGCGUUACUCUGGAUCAACUAAUCUGCAUUUCUGGUAGGGAAAACGGUGGAAUUGCUGCAGAGAUAGCACACAGUGUCCUGGUUAUGGUUUGCACUGACUCUUCCAAUGGGUUGAUGCCGGAUUUGAAGAGACACCCUGAUCCUUUAAGAGGCAAUCCAAAGCGACUUUUGGGUCUCAUGAAGAGGCUAAAAUCAACAGAGGUUGACUACCAUAGAGACCUGCUUUUGGAUAUUGUAAGUGGAAGACCAUCUUUAGGUUCGGCAUACCUGGACGAGUCCCUUGCAACCUGGAAGAUCUUGCCUCACCCUCCUGCUGCAAAAUUGGUUUCCUCAGUGGGCAACUGCAUUCCUUUUUGUUUUCUUGAUUCUCAUUCUCAGGAGCCACCUUCCUUUAGCCGUCCAGAUGUGCAGAAUAUUAUCAAAUGCAUAGGUCCUCGUCCAUUCACCCGAUUGAUAAUAAAUAAAGGGUUAUUGCACUCUGAUUCCCUUGUCAAACAUGCAACCUUAAGGUUCGUUUUGGAGGUGCUGAAGUUGUUGGACUCUUUCAUGGGCGCUCUAAACAAUGGUUCUUAUUACAGCAAUCAAAUGAUUCAGAGGUUGAUAUCUCUAAAGCAAGAUAUUGAGAAUGAAGCCUGGAUUUUGCUCCCAGAUCCUCAAGUUCUGUUAUCAUUAGUUGCUUCUCUGAAUGCCCAUUACAAGAGUAGUGGUUUGUGUUUGAAGAGAGCAGCAGACUCAGAUAUUAUGCUUGAGCAUAACAUAAAUGGCUUUAAGAAAUUGAAAAAAUGUAGUGUAUAUGACGAGACAGAUAUUCUUGUUAGUGGCAUUAGUUCUUCCUCUGACGUCGGUUUGCCUGAGGACGGUGCAGGAGUUCUGGAUACAUAUAAUGGGGAUAAAUUUGAAAAUGGAGAUGAUCAUACAAAGGUUAUUGCUGAAAUAUGGGAUUUGCAGCAAUCCUCCAUGCCUACCAUGGCACUAGAGGACGAAGAAACAUACUUCUACUCGAAGUUGCUUGACACUCUCAAAAUUUAUCGACGGACUAUGCCUGGGUUUUUAGGGGGGUCAUUUGAUUUCUUCAAAGUUCUCCCUAGUAAACCUUUGGCAUUACCAACUAUUCUGCAGCAAUCUUUAUUAUCGCUACUCUUAGAAGAUAUUGGAUGGUCUUCCAAGUGUGAAGUCCCUGCCCGAAUGCAGCCACUAAUGUACAAGCAUCUUCAUACGUUUAUAAACAUACUGAUUUAUUCAUCUGUCAAAGACAUAAAGGAUCAAGCAUACAUUCUGGCACAGGCAGCCAUGUUAAGUACUGGUGCAUUUGAUAAAAACCUGUGGGAAAUUGGUGCAUGGUUCUUAUUUCUACCUGGCUACACUGGGGACAAUUUUUUUGUUUCAGAGCAGGAGGUUGAAGUUGGAUUGCUAUCUUCUCUGAUAAGUCUAUUAUUAUCUGAGAGACUUGAGGACCGUUGCUCUGUAGUUGAUGCUUCUGGUGACCUUUGUGAGUGGGAACCAUUGAAGAAUUUAUUGCUGUUCUCGGAGAGUGUAGCAAAACGACAAUCUUGUAGCAUUUCUUCAACUGAUAGGAAAUUGGUGGGAGCUGACAAUUCUUUUAUCCAUUCCCUUUGUGAAGUUAAGAGAGUUUUAAGGAGUGGGGAUGGUGAACGCCAAGGAUUGACUGAAAUAUCAACAGCAUUUUUGUUUUCAAUGCUAUGCACAACACCUAUAGAGAUAAUAGAUAACUUCUCAUCUGUUAUAUCUAUUUCACAGCACUUACUUGGAGUUCCUUUUUCGCUAUUUCUCUGUGUGUUUUACCAUGAAGAAAGUCUUCUUAAUGGUAUCUUCAAGUCAUGGCCUGAGAAAUUUCCUUCAAACUCCGACGACUCCAGUGAUGUAGGGGACACAAAAUCUUCCUUGUUCAGAUUUUUGAAAGUCUUUCUGUUGAGAAAUAUUCUGGAAUUAACGGCGAAUAUGCGUGACUGUCUUGUGAAAUUGCAUUCUCUCCCCUGCAUAGAACAACUUGCACGGUCUACUUUUCUUUACAGAUUUGAGGACCAUGCAACACUGGAGGUUCUCCGAAGUGUACUGGCGUUGCUAUCUGAAGGGAAAUUCUCUCUUUCUGUAGUUCUUCAGCUGCUUCUUGCCCACUCUCAGUUUGCACCUACUAUUUCUUCUGCCUUGAAAUCAUCCGGUUUUUCUCAAAGUGGUGUGAUUUUUAGGCCUAUGUCCAGCUUUCUAAGAGCACUUAUUCUUCCUGAUACUGAGCAAAAUGACCAUGAUGGAAAGAAUCUUCUGCAAAGAUCUGAGCUGUAUAGGAAACAGUUGGAACUUGUGAAGUUGCUUAGGAUACUCUUUCGGUUCAAAGCUCGGCAGUGUGGUUUUGAUUCUGAAAAGGAAAUCGGAAUAAAUUCUAGGGAAUUGCUUUUCUUGCUUUUGUCAUCGUAUAGUGCGACUCUUGGUGAGCUUGACUUGGAAAUAUACAAUCUUAUGCAUGAAAUUGAGAUUGCUGAUGAAUCAAACUCUGGUAGUAUUGAUGAAAUGGAUUUCCUUUGGGGAAGUGCUGCUAUAAACAUUAGAAAGGAACGGGAAAAAGAGCAAGAUAUGUCUUGUGAUAAAAUUAAUGAUAUUGAAGCAGCCAAAGAAUGCCGAAGAAGUCAAUUUAGAGAAAAUCUUCCCAUUAACCCGAAAUUGUGUGCAUAUACAGUGCUUUGUUUUCCUUAUUAUAGAACCGUUGGUGAGGGAAUUUUAUCCUCGAACAAGCUUCACCAAGAUAAUUCUGAGCACAUGGUUGAGGCACGUUCUGCUACUGCAAGUUCUGCAAAUGUUGAGAAGAUACAAAUAUAUGAUCCUGUUUUCAUCUUGCGCUUGUCGAUUCAUAGUCUGUCAAUGGGUUACAUUGACCCGAUGGAGUUUGCUAGUUUAGGAUUGCUAGCUGUUGCAUUGGUUAGCAUAUCUUCACCUGAUGACGAGAUGAGGAAAAUGGGUUAUGAGGCUGUUGGAAGAUUUAAGACUGCGCUAGAGAAGUGGCAAAAGAGGAAGGAUGUAAUUCGACUUCGGCUUUUGUUGACAUAUUUGCAAAAUGGUAUUGAAGAGCCAUGGCAGAGGAUUCCUUCCAUAAUUGCUAUAUUUGUUGCAGAGGCUUCUCUGAUUUUGUUGGAUCCUUCGCAUGAACAUUAUUCAUCCAUAAGUAAACUUCUGAUGUGCUCACCGAAGUCAAAUAUGAAGUCUAUACCAUUAUUCCAAGAUUUUUUCUGGAGUAGCUCUGUUAAUUUCAAAACGGACAGGUUGUGGAUGUUUCGUCUCUUAUACGUUGGGCUGAAUUCAGAUGAUGAUGCUCAAAUUUUUAUAAGGAACUCCAUUCUUGAGGUUGCCUUGAGUUUCUAUGCUUCGCCUCUUUCAGAUAAUGAGUCAAAGGAAUUGAUUCUUCAGGUGUUAUAUAGGCUAUCCUUUGUGCUUCUUCUGGUGGUGAAGAAGUCUAUUAAGCUACAUAAGCUGUCUCGCUAUUUAGUUGAGCAGUGUGGUCUAAUUUCAUGGUUAUCAUCUGUUGUUUUAUUCCUUUGUGAGAAGCUGUACCAAGAUCAGAGGAUGUACUCUUUGACUCAGUUAACCAUGCUGCUGGAGGUAGUCAAUGAUGUUAUAUCUUCUAGAAAUGGUGAUGAGUGGUUUCAAACAUUUGCCCUUGAGCAGCUCGCUGAACUUUCAUCUCAUCUAUACAAAAUUUUAGUUGGCGACAUCAAGUAUGGGGUGGAGAUUACUCCCCCUGCCCUAGCCCACUGCCACAUCUACUCUCGUCUGAUCAAUCGUCCUCCUCAGGGGAAGUUGACACUCCUCAUAAAACUAAUGAACCUAGCUCGGGUGUUUGAGGAAGUUGUCAAUGAAGAUGAGAAAAAAAUUGGGUGCUGA